UCAGUCCUCUCCCUGCUCACUGAGCAGUACCCCCCUAUAUCUCUUGGAUACCUAUGUUUUAUUCAGAAGCUAUCCUAUCUCGCCGCGGGCCCCUGGCCAAGGUGUGGCUCGCGGCUCACAUGGAGCGGAAGCUCUCCAAGACCCAGACUUUGCAAACGGACAUUGAACAGUCAGUUGACGCGAUCAUGCACCAGGAGAUCGAGGUUAUGGCUCUCCGGCUCAGUGGUCAGCUCCUCCUGGGUGUUGUGCGCAUCUACAGCCGGAAGGCGAAGUAUCUGCUAGAUGACUGUAAUGAGGCGUUGCUGAAGAUCAAAAUGGCCUUCCGCCCAGGCAUCGUCGACAUGACAGAGGACCAGCUCGCCGUCAACCAAAACGCCAUCACCCUCCAGAGCAACAACCUCGACCUCGACGCCCUCCUCCCCGAUCUCGACUGGGACACCGCCGAUUUCGAGACCCGGAACGUCCAACCCGGCGGUCAGCACAUCGCGCGCGCGGCCGACAUCACGCUCGGCAACGCGGACCUCCAGUUCGACUUCGACGACGCCGAGUACGGCUUCGACCUCGGGCCGUCCGACGGGAUCGGCUCGCAGGACUACGACAUCGACCUGAACCUCGACUUCGGCGACGGCCCAGCCGCACCCGCCGCGCGCACGCCGUCGCGCAUGUCUGAGGACGACGACAUGAGCGUCGAGAUGCCCCGAGAGCGCGCGGAGCCGCGCCCGUACCGCGAGUCAAUCGGCUCGCAUGUGCUCGGUCCGCAGGGCGUGGACGACCUGGACCUGCUGUCGGUCAGGAGUAGGGCGCAGUCGGAGAACCCGUUCGCGGCGGACAUCGAUAUGGGCUUUGGGCCUGACGAUGCGGGUAUGGACGUUGAUCUAGGCAUCUCGUUCGAAGACGAGCCCUUGCCUUUGCCUGAUGCGCCGUUGAGCGAGCACGCGCCCACGCCGCGCCUCACUCCCUCGCGCGCAUCGUCUCCCCUCACUGAACCGCCACAAACCCCUCCCCCUGACGUCGAGCUCACGCCGAAGGUCGUCCCAGAGGAGGGCGCGAAGAAGCAGCGCAAGGAGAAGAAACAGAUCAUCGACUCAGUCACUGAGCUCGCCGACGGCCCCGGGGCCCGCGUCGGUCGCGGACGCAAUGCUGGGCUGGGAGCGCCAGUGGACGUGAGCGGCAUCGUGACCGAACACGCCACCCUUCCCCGUUCCUCCCUCGUCAUGCGGCUCCUCGAAAUCCGUGACGACCCCCUCGCGCACUUCCUCCCGACCAAGACGACUCCGCACGGCACGUUCUUCUUCGCGGCCCCGCCAGGACUCGUGCCCGAGCUCGCGGACAUGUUCAUGCGCCCGAUCACGAACCUCAGCGCGGCGAAGCGGCGGGGCGCCUCCCCGGAGAAGCCCCCAAGCAAGAAGCGGCGCGUCGACGGGAGCGUGGUGGACGACGACGAGAUCGAGCAGGCGCGGCGCGAGAGCCGCGCGCCCAGUGUCGCCCUCGGCAGCGACGUGUACGGCCGCGCGAGCAUCGGGCCCGGGGCGGACUUCACGUUCGACACGGGGGCAGGCAUCGAGGACUUCCAGAUGGACGUGCCGGACUUUGCGGGGGCCGAGGAGCUGCAACGGGAGCGGAGCAGGUCGCUCGCGCCGUCGGAGCUCACGCGGCUGUCGGAGGCGCCGCCAGAUCCGCUCCUGGAGGAGGGCGAGGAGAGCCACGCGGACGCGACGUGCCCGAUCGCGCUGUUCGACGACCGGACGGUGGCGAGCCAGAGCCAGAGCCAGAGCCAGAGCCAGAGCCAGAGCCAGGGUCAGAGUCAGGGGACGAGCGAGCCGAGCGACGACGGGAAGGGGUACAGCAAGAACACGGUGAAGGCGCUUGCGGUCAUCCGGAGGGAGCUGGAGCCGAUUGCGGAGGAGCGGGAGGAGGAGAGGUACAUGAGCUUCAACCACAUGGCGCAGAAGGCGUCUCGUCGGGCAGCUGCGACGUUCUUCUUCGAGCUGCUCGUGCUCGGGACACGGGACUGCGUGAAGCUGAGCCAGGCAGAGCCGUUUGCGAACAUCGAGGUCCGUGCCAAGGACAAGCUGUGGGAGCGGCAGCGUCACGGGUCGACGGCGCCCUCGUCCGCGAACGGGAUCCCUCGCAUGUCGCAGGCGUCGUCUGCCGCCGGUGCUGGCCCCUCGCGGCGGCAGGGCUCUGCGGCGCCAUCGAUUGCAUCUGCGUUCGGCCUCUGAGGAUGGUUGGUUCUCCUUUGCAGUUAGAGUUAUGUCUCAUCUAAGUUCACGAUUGUGUCAUGCUUGAAUGAUCCCGCUUGGCUGUGCCUGUGAUACGUCAUUCGUCCCUGCAUCCUAGCUAUUCGUGUUGUUGUCCGCUGUGUGUAAGUGCGUACAUUAUUGAUUAUCGUCUGCACUCUUCUUGAAGCUCGUCCCGGUAGAGACAAUCUAUGAUGUUUCAC